CAACGUCCCGUGAAUUCUACCGGCGGUGGUGCUUGCAGUCCACCUCUGCAAGUUGCUCUUUGUUAUAUUGCGCUUCAACUGGAUCAGUUGAAGCAAUGACAUUAACGGACGGUGGCAUUAGUCAUUUCGAAUACCGUCGAAACAUGUUCUGUGACGUUGGUAAAACACUAUUUCCUACCGACUGAUGUAGCACACAUAAUCUAUCUAUUAACUGACGUCCGACCUCAUUUUGACAUCCGAGUUUGUGGCUGAAACCAGACAAGAUGAUGCGAUCGACUCUACAGCUAGUUGUUCGCCGCGCGGGCACCUCGGCUUCGUCCAGUGGACGCCGGGUCGUGCAGCGCACCGCAGUGCUGCGUAGCACCGCUUCAAGCUCGCGUCUUGUGCAGCGCAGCGCCAAGUUCGCUCCGUCCGUCCAGCACGUCAGCGCCUGCUUUAGCACCAGCGCUGUGGACGACAAGGCGGACCGCCACGAGUUUCAGGCCGAGACGCGCCAGCUUCUGGAUAUUGUGACACAUUCCAUCUACACGGACAAGGAAGUCUUUAUCCGUGAGCUCAUCUCUAAUGCUUCCGAUGCACUGGAGAAGCUGCGCCACUUGCAGUCGACUGGAGAGUCUAUCCAGGACGCCGAACUUGAGCCCAAGAUCGUGAUCACCACGGACGAGAAGGCCGGCACACUGACUAUUGCGGAUACCGGUGUGGGUAUGUCGAAGGACGAGCUGAUUGAGAACCUGGGUACGAUUGCACGCUCAGGCUCGAAGGCGUUCCUGGAGCAACUGAAGGAGAGCUCUCCUGGUGAGUCCGGCGAUGCGCUGAGCGGCAUUAUCGGUAAGUUCGGUGUGGGCUUCUACUCCGCAUUCAUGGUUGCCGACAAGGUGGAGGUGUACUCGCAGUCGGCGGUCUCUGGUCGUCAGAGCCACGUGUGGCGCUCAGAUGGUAGCGGAUCUUACGAGGUUGGUGAGGCCAACGACGUGACGCGCGGCAGCAAGAUUGUGAUCCAUCUGAAGGACUCGUGCAAGGAGUUCGGCACUAAAGCCAAGGUGGAGUCCAUCAUCCGCCGCUACUCGAACUUCGUGUCGUUCCCGAUUGUUCUGGAUGGCGACACGGUGAACACGGUGCAGGCUCUUUGGACCAAGAGCGAGAGCGAGGUCACGGACGAGGAAUACACCGAGUUCUAUAAGUUCAUCGCCAAUGCGUUCGACGAGCCGGCAUACCGCAUUAUCUUCAAGGCGGAUGCGCCUAUUGAGUUGAAGACUCUUUUCUUCAUUGGAUCGUCGCACACCGAGAAGUUUGGCUACGCUCGCCUGGAGCCCGGUGUGAGUCUGUACUCGCGCAAGGUUCUUAUUGAGCGCAAUUCGCCCGAUAUUCUGCCGGACUGGAUGCGUUUCGUGCGUGGCGUCGUUGACAGCGAGGACCUUCCGCUCAGUCUUUCGCGUGAAAAGAUGCAGGACAGCCGUCUGAUCCACAAGAUCCGUGACGUCCUGACGAGAAGAAUUAUCCGAUUCUUAGAGCGUGAGUCUACCAAGGAACCGGAGAAGUUCGAGAAGUUCUUCCAGGAGUUUGGACAGUUUGUUAAGGAGGGUAUUUGCACGGACUUCGCCAACAAGGAUGCCCUGGCCAAGCUUUUGCGUUACGAAUCUAGCCAGGUUGAUGAAGGCAAGCUGACUACUCUCGAUGAGUACGUGUCGCGCUGCCCACCGGACCAGAACGAGAUCUACUAUCUGUGCGCGCCUACUCGGGCUAUUGCCGAGUCUUCACCGUACUUCGAGGCCUUCAAGAAAAUGAACAAGGAGGUGUUGUUCGUCUACAGUCCCAUCGACGACUUCGUGAUGACGAACGUUGCUGAGUUCAACGGUCGCAAGGUGAUCUCCGCAGAGCACGCCAAGGUGGACGUUGACAGUGACGACGAUGCGUCCGGAAAGAAGCUAUCGAAGGACGAGCAGGACCUUUUCGGUGCCUGGCUGAAGCUGACGCUGGAGGACAGCGUGAAGGAAGUCAAGUUCACCUCCCGCCUGACUGACUCGCCUGCGAUCAUCGUGGACCACGAGUCGGCUUCGAUUCGCAAAAUGAUACAAAUGGUAAACGACCGCGCGGGCCAGGAUAUGAGUGGCCUCUCCAAGAACGUGAUGGAGAUCAAUCCCAACCACAGCAUCAUUGUGGACCUGAACGCGCUGCGGGAAGUCAACGACACCCUCGCCAAGAAGGUGGCCCGUCAGAUCUACACUAACGCGACGGUGGCCGCCGGUCUUGUAGAGGAUGGUCGCACCAUUCUCGGCGGCCUGAACGAGAUCCUUGCGGAGCUUCUUGAGCAGAGCCUGCAAAAGUAGAGCGACAACCAUGGGACGAGGGUUGAAUAAGGCAAAUGUUGCGUCCUUCGGAAUGCUUACAACCUAGCUGGCCUUUAGAUGAUACUUCCAGCGACCUGAUGAUUGCCAACAGCUUCAAUUUGCCGCAGUGUCGUUAACGCGAGGCUCUAAUUCUGCGUUACCCCGUAUGUUCUUACUUUGUUAUGUUCGAAAACAAAUCUAAACUGUCCUUCACACGUC